UCACGGCAUCAAUGGGAGACUGCAGUAGUGCCGGUGCCGCUUACCGUGGUGGCGAGGUCGGCGAUGUGGGUGACGGUGGUGGCGAUGGCGGCUGUGGCGUUAAAUUCAGUGGUGUCGAUAAUGGUGGCGCUUCUUCAAACAAUCCUAUUAUUGUGCAACCUCCCAACGCCGCGUGGAAUGAGGCACAUUCUUCUGGUCGCAACCAGAACUCUCAAAAUAAAAUGGUUUUCGGGAUGUGCCGAAAGAGGACGUGUUGCUUGGGCAUCGGACUCUUCUUCAUGUUCGCAACCACGGUUACCUGCAUAACCAUCAAAUUCAUCAACUCCUACUACUAAACUAAGAACUUAAACACUAUAUAGGUUAAGUUUAUUGAAAGCAACACUAUAUAAAUCAAGAUCAACGUUGUAACCUUGUAUACAACUCUGCCAAUAUUUCACUAAACCUAUAUAAGGACUAAGGUUGUAUCUCUCCCUAUCUUGUUAGCAUUUGCCUACGUGGGUCUGAGAUAUACUUAAAGCUUAUUAAAGUGUUUAUUGUCAUGUGAACAGAUAAAAGAUCGAAGGAAAUAGAUUCGUUAUGUCAAAAACUUACUACUUAGAAUUGAUAGAAAGUAUCGUUAGCGACAAAUAAAUUUCACAGCAACAAAAAUGAGCGCAAUUUGCUAUAUUUUUUGCACGCAAAACCAUUACAAGAAUAACGAUACCCGGAUUCCACUUAUACAUGUCUGCCGAUUUUAUCAUUUACAACGACAUUGUAUAGGAUAUCAAAAAAUCAAAAGUCAGGAAAUGCAAUGACUUGCAAUAAAAAUUA